UCGAAACAGAUUGUACGACUCCACGGGUCGCGAUGGCUACUGCACCUCAAGGACAACAAGUUUUGUAGUCCAGUUAAACUAGUCCUAUGUGAAGAACACGACGGACGGAAUCGUCUAAGCCACUCUUUUUAAUGUGAGACACUCGUUGGAUAACAGAAAAAUGUCCCAGGGAUGUAUAACUUCUGUGGAGGAGAUCCAGUCUUGGUGGGAAGUCCCCGGUAUAGCGCACUUCUGCUCUCUCUUCAGGACGGCGUUCAAUUUACCAGACUUUGAAAUCGAGGAACUUGAGCAAGCACUACUGAAACAAGACAAAGACUUCCUCUCAGACCUCCUCUGCUCCCUGCUAAAAGGAUGUUACCAGCGCAGAGACAUCACGAUUCAGUCCUUUAGCAGCUACCUGGAAGACAUUAUCAAUUACCGGUGGGAACUAGAAGAAGGGAAGGCCAAUCCACUGAAGGAGCACCCAUUUGAAGAGCUGCCACCACGCACACAGGUGGAAGUCUUGCACAGACUCUGUGACUAUCGUCUUGAUGCUGCUGAUGUCUUUGACCGGCUCAAGGGCCUGGAUUCAGACAGUUUACGUGUUGAGCCUCUGGGCCAAGAUGGGAAUGGAGCCCUGUAUUGGUACUUUUAUGGUACACGGCUGUACAAAGAGGAGCCAGUCGAAGCAAUGUCUCCCCACUACAGUGACAGUUAUGACAAGAAAAGAAAAGGGAGGCCACCAAAGAAGUCUGAAGAUAGACUGGCCAUGGAGGAGGGGGAAGACACUGUGAAGGAAGAGGAUGAAAGUGUUGAGGAGCCCAAGCCUGCGACAGAUCGUGGGGCCUGGUCUCUGGUGUGUAACACAGAGGAGCAGUGGGUCAAUCUGGCUGAAAGUAUUAAGGACAAAAUCUCUCCUCAGGACCGGCACCUGUACCGUAUCAUCACUCAGAACUUCCUGCCUGAGAUCAGUAACAUGAUUGAACAAAAGGAGAAAGAAAUAAAGCACAAACUACUAAAUCCGCCCAAGGAACACAACAGCCAUUGCAACACUGAACAAAAUGGCAGCAAAGAGAAUGAGCAGACACGAGCCACAACUGAGGUGGACAAGCAGAGGGAGGAGGACCUGGAAAGGCAAGUCCUGCUCACUGAACAACGGCAAGAAGAAGAAAGACUGCUUCAGGAAGAACGGGAGAGAGAGGAACAGGAGCGAGUCAAAGCUGUCGAGGAGCGUGCACGUAGAAGGAAGCAGCGAGAGGAGAAGGCCUGGUUGCUCUCUCAAGGAAAAGAACUUCCCCCUGAGCUGCUGAAUCUGGAGACUCACUCACUUAGUCGCCGAGCACGUCGCACCAAAGAGCUUUAUGACAUAGACGAUGAUUACACUGCUCUCUACAAAGUGUUGGAUGCCCUCAAAGCUCACAAAGAUGCCUGGCCUUUCAUGGAGCCUGUUGAUGAGUCUUACGCUCCCAACUAUCAUGAAAUCAUACAGACUCCAAUGGACCUGUCCACCAUUGAGAGAAAGCUGAAUGAUGGGGAGUACGUUGCCAAGGAUGAGUUUGUGGCCGAUGUAAAGCUUAUGUUUGAGAACUGUCUGGAAUACAAUGGAGAAGAGAGUGAAUACACAAUAAUGGCUGAGUCCUUGGAACGCUGCUUUAGCCGGGCCCUACUGAAGCACUUCCCUGCCGAGGAUGGUGACACGGAUGAGGAGUUUCACGUAAACAGUGAGGACCGGGACCGCAAGGAUAAGAAAAAGAGCAAAAGUCACAAACAGUUGGGUCCUGAGAGCUUGAUCAGAGCCACUGAGCAAGUUCAAAAACGCAAAACGUCCAAUAGUGGAAAGGGAAAUUAUCAGCAACAAGACAAACCCACAUCUACUUUACAACACCCUCCCCCAUACUACAUCAAUGGUCCCCCACAUCCUCAUAACAUCCACCCAGGGCAGCAACAGUCUGGCAUGUUACAUCCUGUUCAACAGUUUCAACAAACUGCAGGUCCUUUAGGACCAGGAAUGUAUGCUCAACAAAUGAUGAUUGACCCCCAGUAUCCAUAUCCUGGACAGAGACCCCUCAUGUCCAGGCCACCAAUGGAUCAUGGAACUCAGCAUAUACCUCACUACAACAUGCAGGGUUCCCACAUAAAUGGUCCAAAUCUUGGUCCUAGAUACCCAAUUAGACUUGAUGGUCAACCACUACAACAUCCACAUCAGCAACAUUCUUAUCCCGGUCCUACUCAUGGUCCUUCUCUUGGCCCAAGGCCAAUGACCCUUCAGCCUGGAGGCCUCUGUGCCCCUCCACCUGAAGGCAACAUGUACCCUUCAUGGCAACAUCCAGAAGGGCAGUCCAUGCAGCCUGUGGGGAACCGGUAUCCCAGGCCAGGUGUGCCAAUGCAUAGUUCCUACUCUCCUUAUGGCCCCCAUAGCAUGAAUGUACCCAGGAUGUGGCCACCCAUGAACAAUCAGGGGCAGCAGACACCUGGUGGACCUAUGAUGCAAGAACAGAGUUCAACUAGCCAGCAUCCAUACAAUAACAACAUGAUCCAUCCUCCACACAGUACUGGUUAUGCAGUGACAAAUGGUCAAUAUAGAAUGCCCUCUGUCGGCUCCCAAAGUCCUAUUGGCCAAAGACAACCAGGGGCUCCUCAGGUAUUGAGGAAACAUUUGGCUUCCAUGCUUGAUAGUCCAGAGAUGAUUGCCCUCCAGCAACUCUCUGCCUCAUCGUCUCCUCCUGUUGAGAACUUUCAGCCUACCCCACAAUGUGGUGGUAAUACUUUAGCUUCUGAUGCUUUGUCUUCUCAUGAAAACCAGCUCAUCAGGCCUUCUAUAGAUGAUGCUACAAACAUCCAGCACACUCCCAUAUCCCCCAAAGGUUCAAGUCCACAAUCUGGUAAUGAACAGUCAACUGGAGAAAAUGCCUCGACUGAAGCUGACAUGCUUUCUCAUCUUAAUCCAACAGAAAAAUCUGAGCAACCACUUCUAGGAACAGUUCCGGCAUCAGUGUUCAAUUCUAGCACAGAAGAUCCUAGUCAGAAUGAAAAGAAACAUAGACUGUCAAAUCUAGAGAAAAUCCACAACAGUGACCACCCAAAUUCUCAAACCCAACCAGGUCGCCCACAGCAAAAAUCUGUGAAUGACUCUUCAUUACCCCUAAAUGGUCCUCAGCCAAUGCCUCAUAAAAUCCCAGAGGAAAUUCCCCAGUAUCCCUCUCAACAAAUCCAUAAAAAUGUUCCAAAACAAUUUAUUCAGAAUAGUUCUAAACGACAGUUUCAGAAUGUUCCUUCACAUAUUCUGCAGAAUCUUUCUCAACAGAUGCCACAAAAUGAAUCUCAUCAGCAUCCUCAGAACAUCUCACAGCAAAUACCACACAAUAGACCAGUCAGAGGGCCACAGGUGGGACCUCUUCAUGGAAUGCCACAGAUUCCACCUCAGGGGGGUCAGCCCGGUGUUCAUCAGCCUGCUACCCUCAGCUCUCUACCUCCUAGCCACCCUGUAUCACAUCCACUUGCUCAACCCUCUCCAGCUGAUCAGGGAGACCAAAGGCCCUGUGAGCCUACGAGCAGAAAAGUGUCAGGUGGUAGUACAGCCUCCAAGGAUAGCAGCAAUGCUGACAUUAGGAAUGAUCAUGCCAGUGGGCUUUACAAACCACAGCCCUUCAGUCCAGAGUCACAAACCCAACUAGGAAGGCAGGAGCUAGCACCCUUUCACAAUCAGGCUCCUCCAAUACACACUCAGGGUCCAGAGAGUAAAAUUGUGACCCAAUAUGGUGCAACUGAGCCAGCACAUCAACACUUUGGUCCACAGAUGGGUAGAGCAUUAAACCCACCAGAUCACCAGCCUUACCAAAACCAGGGACCACCAUCACAGGGAAAUAACCCUCAUCAAAAUCCUGUACACUAUCCUGCUUAUCACCAGCAAGGUGUUCCAUACCAGUAUCGCAUGGCCACACAGCAUCCUCAAGGCCAAUCCAGCAUGUAUCUUCAGUUCCAGCAGCAGCAGUUCUAUCACCACCCACGAAAUGGCAGACCUGGAUUUCCAUCUGAGGAGUGGCCUAGACCUCCGUACCACCCUCAGCAACCAAUGAUGCCCAAUUCUUACCCAUCACCAUCCACUGGAAGUUUUAAUGGCCGACGCAAGGACAGUAGCGUGUCUCCACAUGGCUCAGAUCAAUCUGCUGAAGGUUUAAUGUCACCUAUUCCUUUACCGGAUGGGUCCCAUAGCAGUGCAUUGGAAAACAGAGACGAUGGCAGCCCUGCCAAGCAGGCAAGGACUGAAGAGCCUUCUGAACGGUCUGAGAGCCCAAAGGAGAUCUUGGACCUGGACAGCCACAAUGCUACAGCCCAACAUCGUACUUCAGCUCAGCCACACCCCAGUUUCCCUUAUGGGCCUCAAAGCAUGUAUCCCAGCAUGCAGCAGAGUGGUGCUCCUCCAUCCCAUAUGGUGGCAAGUGAGCCAUAUUCUAGUCAGCAGUUUCCCAGUGGACAUUUUGCACCACAGCAUCCUCAUCCACAUUUGAUGGAAGCUUUACAGAGGCACAGGCACCUGCACCUGCCUUUCUCUCCAGGCCAAACUCGCAUGGCUAUGUACAGGCAUCCAAAUGUUGCAGGGCACUUCCAGGGAAUGAUGGUUGCUCAAAGAGCAGUGGUUGCAGAACACUUACUUCACACUGGGCACCAGAUGUUGGGUACAGCAUCUCCCAAUGGCCAAGGAAAUAAACUAGUAUGAAAAGUAGGAUUUCAUUGAAACUCAAGAAAAAUUAAUAUAUUUUUGUACAACACCGUUACAUCCUGAAAUAUACAGGAAAAUGGAGACCACAACAAAAAUCAGGAAGAUUGUUGAUGUGAUAAUUUGCUGAAAAUGGCAAGUUAUUUUAUCAAUUGAAGUCCUGAUCCUCAGACAUGCUCCACUACCCACCUAGAAAACUUGGCACUGCCUUUCAGUGAGGAGGGAAAGGAAUAACUUGCAGUACCAAGAAGUGGGACCACGUACCAAGGAAGUGCUGUGAAUCUUCAGACCUGUUUAUUGUUCCAUAAUACUGGUCUAGAGCUUUUCUUCUCAGCCUGGAAUGUCUCUUUGGCCUCAUUCCCUACAAAGAAACAAUAUCUCCAGUCUCCUUUGCAUGGGCUGUUACUUGGGAAGUAAAUAAACUGAUUUGUUUUUUCAGUCCAUGAGAAUAGCAAGAUAUGAUUUACCAGUUUGUGGUUAAACUCAGGUGUAGUAAAGAAGGUACUGAGAGUACUGGAGCUUUUUCCAAGCUCCGUGGAAAACUAGACUCUGUUACCUUCAUGUACUUGUUGAAUGUUCUGUUGAAAGAUUUUAGAUGUAGUGGUAGUAGUAACUCAACUUAAGGAAUAAAAGAUUAAUCUUCUGCUCCAAUAGGAAACGCCACACUUGGAGUGUUUUAAUGAGGUGAUGUUCAUCUCAACUAAAACACAGUAUCUAUCUGCAUUCUGUUAAUGCCACUUCAAUUUAAAGAUUGUCUUUGAUUUUCUGGCAGAGAACUUGGCUUCUCUAUUUAUGCACUAGGAAUAGUCUUUCAUACUGGAAUUGGUGGCCUUGGGCAUAACUUAUAUGUGUGCUCCUUUGUAUGGGACUAAAACUUUUCACUUGUUUUAUUCCUUAUUGAUGGGUCCUGCUAGUUUAUGUGUGCACAGAAUGAACCAGAUUUCAGAUACUGAGGUAGCCAUAUUUCAUCUUAAUAUCUGCACGGUCUUCUAAUUCACAGUUAUCCACAGCAUUUGGGAUUCCUUGAAGGCUGGUUUAUUGUUGUCACCUGAUAUCAUUCAUCACUGACCAUCAAUCUUAAAUGUUUUUUUGUUUUACAUUUUGGAAUCUAAAUUGAAUUUUUGUCUCAAUUGACAACUAGGUAGAGUCUCAAUACUAAAAACACAUUAGAUGAGAGAAUCUAUAUUAGCCUUAAAACAUUAAAAAAAAAAAAAAAAUUGCUCCUUUUAUCCAAUGGGAGAUAUGUGGAUGUGCUCAUAUUUUACAUGAAUGCUUCCUCUUUUAAUUCAAUGUACUGAAUGUGUCCUCAGGGUGUAGUGGUUUUAAUACGGGUAUUGUCAAUAGAAUAUUCAUAGAAAAAAAUUGCCAUGAAAUGUCACUGGAACUAUGGUUAACUUAAAUUCAUCUGUGAUCUUCAGUAUAGACAUGGGAACCAGGCAACCAGUACAUGUGGUUAAUGGCGUUUGUCACACUGUUUUUAGAAUUACUCUAAUAUUUCUUUGAAAUGUUUUUUGUUUUUAAUGGGGGAAGGAAGGAUGGACUUGAUUUGUUCAUUUUAAUUGCUUCUACUAUUGUCUUGCACUAAAUGAAUUGCUUUGAAUA